UUUGUAAAACCCUAGACUACCAUUUUAGCCAAAGCGUGAAAUGCGAAAAUGAUGAAGUUAUUGUUAAAUCUUAGACGGCGUCGUUUUCCAUCGUCUUCUCCGCCGACUAGAUAUUUGUGUACGGCGGUUACAGAGAAACAACCCGCGGCUCCGGCGAGGUCUAAAAAAUCCGGUAGAGAAAGAAGUGAUGGACUAUAUAAUAGAUUAUCGGCGUUAGGAAGAAGCGGAGGCUCGGCGAUAGAUACGUUGAAUAAGUAUUUCAGUGAAGGUAAUUACGCUCGGAAAUAUGAACUUGAUACUUGUAUUUGGCAGCUCCGUAGAUUCGGUAAAGCCGACCACGCUCUCCAGGUGAUGGAGUGGAUGCAGACAAGAAAAAUAAAAUUUCAUCCUACUGAUCAUGCUAAAUUCUUGGAUCUUGUAUCCAAAGUCAAAGGGAUAUCUGCUGCUGAAAAUUAUUUUAGUGGCCUCCCUGAGUCAGCAAAGGAUAGAUCUACCUAUGGAGCUCUACUUAACUGCUAUUGCAGAGAAAAGUUAGCUGAAAAGGCUCAAACUUUAUUUGAGAAGAUGGAUUCAAUGCAUAUUGUUUCUUCAUUGACUUUUAAUAAUCUUAUGUCCCUAUGUAUGAGACGAAAUAUGCCAGAGGCAGUGAUUCCUUUGGUGCAAGAGAUGAAGAACCGGAACUUACCUCUGGGUGUACAUACUUAUAACAUCUGGAUGACUAGCUAUUCUCAAAUGAAUGAUAUUGAGGGUGUAGAGAGAGUUUUUGAGGAGAUGCAGGUAAACAAUGGGGAGGAGCAGAACAGUUGGACAGCAUAUAGUAACCUGGCAGCAGCCUAUGUCAGGGCUGGACUUAAAGAAAAAGCUGAAUCAGGCCUUAAGAAGGUAGAAGCAGAAAUUCAAAGGAUGGGGCACCGCUGUGACCGGGAACCUUAUCAUUACCUGAUAAGCUUGUAUGCUGGAACAUCUAAUCUUGCUGAGGUGUAUAGGAUCUGGAAGAUCCUAAAGUCUUCAUUUAAAGUAACCAACAACACUAGUACUCUUAUUAUGAUCCAGUCUCUUGCCAGAUUGGACGACAUUGAUGGCUUUAAGAAGAUCUUUCAGGAGUGGGAAAUAACCUGUUCCAGUUACGAUUUAAGGUUGGCAAAAACAGCUAUUAUGAUGUACGUAAAGAAUGGCUUGAUCAAAGAAGCUGAAGAUGUCAUUGACAACAUCUUGAAGAGAUGUAAAGGACCUUUUUACCAGCACUGCAAACCGUUAAUCUUAUACUAUUUGGAUAAGAGUCAAGUAGAUUUGGCUUUAGGAUGCCUCAAAGCAGCUUUGUGUGAAGUCAAGGACAAUGAACGGCAUCAAACUUACGAGGAUGUGAAAAGUUUUGUUAUGGAAUAUUUUAAGAAAGAGAGGAAUGUAACUGGUGCUGAAAAGUGUUGCAAGAUUCUGAAGAGCUUAAAGCCUCUUGAUUUCGAAGCAUACAGGUUGUUGCUGGAGACUUAUGUAGCUGCUAGUAAGAUAGCUCCCGAGAUGCGUUGUAGGAUCAUGGAUGAUGGGAUUGAAAUUACCUCAGAACUUGAGAAACUGCUUGAAAGGGUCUGCCCCGAGUAGGUUCUUUGUAUAACCUAAUUUAACAAGUAUAAUUAAACAAUUGCUGAAGCAUUGCUUUGUAUUUAUACUUCAUCAGAGGCCUCGCAAGGGUAAAUUCAGGAACCAUCUUAAAGUUUGACAUUUUUCAUAAUCUCAGUUAUAGUUUUUUAAUUUUUUUUUA